AGUUGCCUUUCCCUGUCCCAGGAGGCGGGAGGCGGGCGGUCUCAGUGCCGCUCCCGGGACGGUGCAGAGACACAGAGACACGGGCUCAGGGUUGUUGCGGAGCCCCGGGGGCGACUAUGAGCGGCUCCGAGCGGCAGGCGGGCGGACAGGGAGGCUCCAGCCGCCGGGGUAGCAGCACCAGCAGCGGGGCAGCUGCGGACGGUCCCGGGGAUGAAGCCCGCUCUGUGUCCGCCGGCAGCUACUGGCAGGACCCCCUGGCGAUCGACAUGAGCCGCAGUGCAGUGCCUGCUCCCCGGGUCCGCAGGGCACUCCGAGCUGUCUAUGUGAUCAAUGAGACAGUGAGCCCGCAGUGCCAGGACAACCUGUCCCUCAGGUGUCUGCAGGAAGCUUGUGAAGAUGCCCACGCUGUAGUGGAGACCGUAUCCUUUGGCAGGCUGGUGCUGGGCGAGACUGGCACCUUGGACUGUUUCUACAAUGCAGAUAUCGCAGUGGUGGAGAUGUCUGACCCUUACUGUCAACCUUCACUCUUUUAUCAUCUUGGGGUACGGGAGAGUUUCAGCAUGACGAACAACGUGGUCCUUUGCUGUGACAGCAACCUUACAUCACUGCAGUCACUACAGGAUAUCAUUUGUCAGAGAAAUAUGGGGUGUUAUGGGAACUACAUCUUCAUUCCAUACAUCGUGACGCCCAGUGGUAAGGUCUUCUGCUGCGAAGCCAGUAUGAUGAAGUGCCUGACCGAAAUGUUCCAACCGCACUUUAACCUGGAACCUCUCCUCAUGCCCUUGGUCGAUCGCCUGACUAAACUACUGGAGGAGACCCAGAUCAACUCUUGUGAAUAUUUUCGGGAAAGCAUUCAGAAUGAAAUCCGCAAAGCGAGGGAGACCUACCGUGGACAAGAGCUACGAGAUGCACUCGCACGUAUCCAACAGCGUCUGGACAGUGUGGAGCUUCUAAGCGCUGAUGUUGUAAUGAACUUGCUGCUGUCAUACCGUGAUGUACAGGAUCUUGAUGCAACUAUCAAACUGGUGGAAACUCUGCAGAAGCUGCCGACGUGUAAUGUGGCAGAACUCCCGAAUAUCAAGUUUCAUUACUGUUUUGCAUUAAACAGGAGGAACCAACCUGGAGAUCGGGAGAGAGCCCUAUCAGUGAUCCUGCCGGUGGUGAUGACUGGGAAGCAGAUCUCAUCUGAUCUUUACUGCCUGUGUGGGCGCAUAUAUAAGGAUAUCUUCAUCAGCUCCGACUUCACGGACUAUGAGAGUCGAGACAAGUCUUGUUACUGGUAUGGGAUGGCCUUUGAGCAUGAGCCCACGCUGCACUCGGGGAUUAAUGUUGCUGUGUUCCUCAUGGCUGCCGGACAUCAAUUUGACACCUCACCUGAACUUCGGAAGAUAGGUAUGAAGCUGAGCAGCUUGUUGGGACGCAAGGGAAGUCUGGAGAAGAUGCAGUUCUACUGGGACGUGGGGUUUUUCUUGGGUGCCAGCAUCUUAUUCAAUGACCAGACGAAGAUCAUUCAGGCCUCAGAGAAGCUAUACAGACUGAACGCACCUGUCUGGUACCUGGCAUCAGCAAUGGAGACCUACUUACUCUACAGACGCUUCAAGACAGACACCAAGGAGCAGCCUUUGGCCAAGCAGGACCUGGUAGACUUCUGGAUGGAAUUCUUAUUGUCAAUCUGCAGGGACAAAGCACCUGCAGACAAAUUUCUGGUCCUCAUCCUGGAGCCAACAAAGAUCUUCCAGCCCACGCACCUGACCGUGAGCAGCACUGACAAGGACAAGGCUGUGAGCAUGUGUCAUGUCUCACCUGCUGAAGAGAAUGGAAUCCACACCUGGACAUUCAGUGCAGCCUCCAUCCGUGGUGUCAGUGUCUCAAAGUGUAACGAGCGAUGCUGCUUUCUCUAUGUGCUGCACAACUUUGAUGACUUCCAGCUGUACUUCCCCACGGAACUGCACUGUAAGAGGUUCUGUGAGCUGCUGAAUUCUUUCACUGAGGAAUCCCAAUUGCAAGUUGAUGAUGCACUGAGAGUGACAGAGGAGCUAUUAGAGUACAAGUAUGAAUACACUGAAAACGGAGAAAGGCUGAUUCUGGGGAAGGGAACAUAUGGGAUUGUGUACGCUGGACGGGACAUGAACAAUCAAGUCCGCAUUGCCAUCAAAGAGAUUCCAGAAAGGGACAACAGGUACUCUCAGCCUCUUCAUGAAGAAAUUGCUCUCCAUAAGCGCUUGAAACACCGGAAUAUUGUCCAAUAUUUGGGAUCAGUUAGUCAGGAUGGAUACAUCAAAAUCUUCAUGGAGGAGGUCCCAGGAGGAAGCCUGUCUGCACUGCUGUGCUCCAAGUGGGGUCCACUCAAGGACAACGAAGCCACCAUCAUUUUCUACACGCGACAGAUCCUGGAAGGCCUUAAAUACCUGCACGACAAUCAGAUUGUGCACAGGGACAUUAAGGGAGACAACGUGUUGAUAAACACGUACAGCGGAUUGCUGAAAAUCUCGGAUUUUGGGACGUCAAAGAGGCUGGCGGGAAUCAACCCGUGCACGGAAACAUUCACAGGUACCCUUCAGUACAUGGCCCCUGAGAUCAUCGACAAGGGUCCUAGAGGUUAUGGCAAGCCUGCAGAUAUCUGGUCCUUGGCCUGUACCGUAAUUGAAAUGGCCACAGGGAAGCCUCCCUUCUUUGAACUGGGGGAGCCCCAGGCUGCGAUGUUUAAGGUGGGAAUGUUUAAAAUCCAUCCGGAAAUCCCAGAGUCCAUGUCCCUGGAGGCGAAGGCUUUCCUCCUUCACGGCUUUGAACCCAAUCCGGAUAAACGGGCCACGGCCGCAGAGCUCCUCAAGGACCCGUUCCUGAGCCGGAAGAAAACGAAACCCGCUCCAAAGCCAGGUGAAUUUUAUCACAGUCUCUCGGUCCCUGCCUUGGGGCACCUGAAGGAAGGAGGUGAGAGCAGGCAGCCCUUGGACUUUAAACUCAGCAGCCCCUUCCUGAGUCGAAGCUGCUCGAUCCCGGGUCUCUCUGCUAAAAGCAACUCACCAAAACAGGAGUUUCUCAGUGUGCUUGAGGAACAAGUGGAUGACUUCAGUGCCCCAUCCUCUCCGGAAGAAAAUGCUGGAUUGUUCCUACUGAAGAAAGACAGUGAGCGCAGGGAUGCACUGUUCAAAAUCCUGACUGAGGACUGUGAAACUGUGGUCCAGAAUGUUCUAGAAGCCCAGGCACGGAAUCCUGACUCCAGGUUAACUUCUGAACACACCCGGCAACUCGUCACCUGUCUGAAGGACUACAUUCGAACUCCAGACCAUAAGCUGAUUGUCAAGGUCUUGUUGAACCUGCAGACAAAGCUACACUUUGACAAAGCAGUGCUCAACGAAAUCCAGAUCAUCAUCUUCAGCUUCCAAGAUGCUGUGAUAAAACUCCUUCGUCGUAACCAGAUUAAACCUCAUUGGAUGUUUGCCCUGGACAACAUCAUUCGCAAGGCCAUGCAGGUAGCCUUCAGUAUCCUCAUUCCAGAAUCAAAGCACCAGAUUCAGCGCUCCUUUGAUCAAGAGGCAGAUGAGCACUGCACAGACAAUGUUCCGGGGAAGUGGAGCGGGAGUGAGUCCGACGUGAGGGAACGGGAAGUUCUGGAGCUGCAGAUGGAUGGAGCUGGAACCUCGGGUGUGAGCACGCUCAGUCGCUCCAUGUCCCAUGAUUCCCAGCAAAACACCUGCCCCCUCAUUGUGCAGCUCAGCCAACUGAGGGCAGAAUCAAACCGCCUCCUGGAAGACCUUGCAGAGAAAGAGAGGGAGUUCCAGCAACUUCUACAACUAACCCUACACCAGAAAGACCACAGCCUGAAGUCACUACGAAAGAGAUCAGAAUCCUCAGAUGUCUACUCAGCCGCUCUUUGCAACUUCCGAUCAACUACUGCAGACUCUGAAACCGAGGAACUUACACGGUGGCUGGUAACAACUCAAGUUGAUCAACGAACAAUUGACCAGAUUGUGGCCAAUGGGUACACACUGCAAGAUCUUCUGACUGAUGCCACAAGAGAUGAUUUGAAAUACGCCCAGAUCAGGGGUGGAAUGCUGUGCAGACUCUGGGCUGCAAUCUGCUCCCACAGGAAGAUGAACGGCAAGAUGUAGGCACUGGCCAACCCACUGCUCAGUUUCCGAGACAAGACUUGGCCUCAGCCCGGGGCUACACUAAAUACCAUGAUCCAUGAACUGAUAGAGAUGCCAGCGACAGGUUCAUCCUGAGAGUGAGAGAGCAGAGUUGGGUGCUGCAGACUGUCUCCCACUGCAAGAAGUGUUACAGCUGUCUGUGCCACAAGUUUAAUCUCAGAGCUGCACCCAUUGCAGAUUUAUUUAACCCACUGUGCAACAUCUCAUAGCUGGAAACAUGUUAUGUUCAUACCUCGUGCUGGUUCGAUGACUGGGAUGUGUGUGUAUGAUCGUGCAAUUGUUUACAUUACACAUAACCAGCAGGACCCACAGCUUCUGAUGUUGUAGGAGAAUGUGUAGAAGACAACAUAAAUAAUAAAUAUUCUCUGUAGGUGAUCUAAAUUCCUGAAAAGUGCUCAAUUUCCCACUAGGAUUGCAGACUGUCUCACUUCAACUCAUUAAUUGCUCUCCUCCUGAAUGGCCUAAUUUCAAUAUGGCGAUUAUCCUGCCUUGCCAUGUAUUCCCUCAGCAGAGAGAGGAGAUUCACUUUAUCCAUCCUAUCAAAUCCUUUUACCAUUUGAGACUUGCAGUCAGAUCACACCCCUUACUUAUAUUUGCAAAGUUAUAUGGUCCGUAUCUAAACAAUGGGUCCUCACAGUUGAACUUUUAUGAACCAGCAUCAUUCUGAUGAAUUCAGGACCUGUUUAGCGAGACUCCCAGAUUUGAAUGCGGUCUGUCCCAGGCUACAUCCAACUGAAGCCUCUUUGUAUUUUGGCCUAAUUGCGAGAGAGGGGUUCAGUUCCCUUUUUAAUGUUUUUCAACCCCAUCCACUAACUUAUCGAGAUUUAUCUUUCCAGAUAAGAAUCCUUUUUCUCACCUAAUCAUUUCAAUGGAUUCAAAAUUCAUGACAUUUGCCAUCAGCCUUCCCACAGUUCCUUCUGUGAAGGAUUUUAAUUUUCCCUACAUUUUCUUCUAAACAGUACAUUGUAAAUGUCAGCAGUAGCUUGUGCCCUUGUUCUGUGACAGUGAGAGAAUAGGCCAGGCACAGUCAAUCCAGCAAGUCUUCCUUUCAGUGACUCUGACCUGCCACCACCC